AUGUUUACGGCCUCUCCCAGUGCAGAGGACGAUGAAGCCCGGCUUCCCACGUGUGCGGAGCAGCUCCACGACCUCGCCCAGUCCCUCCCGCGCCACAUUGAGCACACCGUACUUCCACAAGUAGCGGAAGAAGUUGCCUACAGCGCGGCAGAUCUCAGCUCACAGGUGGACGGUGCCCGACAGCGCCUCCUGCAAUCUGCCGUGCUGCGCCGCUCCGCCGUGCUGGCCCCAAUGCUGAAGCAGCAGCUUGUCCAUGACGCCGCCCGCCUGCAGCGCCGUCGUGCGCAGCUCGUGCAGGAGCUGCAGCGGUACGUGAAAAGCCGACCAGCCUCGGCAGUCGGCGUUUCACAGAAAGGCUCCACCACUGCUGGCGUGCAGGGCUCCACAUUUUCGGAACUGCAUCUUGUGCAGCACGCCUUGCAGAGGGAAAUGCGGGGGGAGGAGAAGUUUACGAGCCUUGUGCAGGCCCCCCUCUGCCCUUCCACCGCGACGCUCACAUCGUUCCUGGCCGCGGCGGUGACCCAGAAGGGACUGCAUCGGCGGGUGUUGGCGCAGGUUGGGAGCAGCGAACCCGCGCAGGGAGUUCAGAAAGCGUCGGGGAAGAGUGCCACCCUUGCUGCUUCGACAGGCGCCGCCACCGCCUCUUCUUCUUCUUCGCCGUCGCCCCAGCUCGAUGGGGCAGCCGAGGGCGUCGACGCGAUUGAGGAGGCGCUCCGCCUUCUGCUGCAUCACAUCCGGCUGCAAGGUAGAACGCUCGAUUCAUCCACCGUAGGAGGUGGGUCGAAUAUGAGGAGCAGCCACCGCAGCGGUGGCGCUUCCCCGCGUCCGGGCCCACUCGCUGGGGCUGCCUCUGCUAGCGGUGUCACGAGUGGUGACGACAGCACACGUGUAAACGUGCGUGGCGAGAAGAGGGAGGGGAUGGGCAUUUGCGAUGUGGACGGCGACUCCGACGUGGACGUUGAUGAUGAGGAAGAACAGACGCUGCGGAUGGCUGCUGCGGAGGAAGAUGUUUCGGUCUACGACCCGUCUAACGCAUCGCCAUCCCCAAUACAGCAACGGCAGCAGCCAUCGCAGGAGCACCGCGAUCCUCGAAACGCGUCUUCCUCUGCGUCGUCCGGGCCGUGGGUGCGGGUGCCGGGAAUCGUCUCACUCCGACAGUUCUGCGCAGACUUGCCGUGGGUGGCCGAUCUCGCGGAGCAGCGCUACACCGAGGCACGCGAGCGUAAAAAACACAGCAGCAGCGGUGGCAGCGGCGGCAGUGAGGGUGGCGAAGGCGGUUACUUCAGCCGUCACGUGCAACCGGACGAAGAGGAGAAGAAGGCGGCGAGUAGAGGACAGCUGCGGCGACAGAAGGCGGCGUCGUUCAUUUCAUCUUUGGGUCCGUUUGGGUGCUUCUUUUCUCCUGCCUUGGCUGCUGGUGCCGCUGAGGAUGGCGGGGACGAUGAUGAGGGCACCUCUGCAACGUCUUCUCCUGCCUCUUCUCCGAAUGGCCGCGCAGAGUCGAUGGUGGCUCGUGCCAUGCGUCACACCGCUGCCGCUGCUGCUUCUUCAGGAUCUCCGUUCCUUUCCGGCGAUCAAAGCGCACACGUCAACGUCCCUCUCUCCAACGGGGACGGGGUACUUUUCGGAAGUGACGCGCCGACAGAUGAGCGCACAGCGUUGGCACGAGCAGUGGUGCAGUGCCUCUCGCUCGCCGUGGAUGACGCAUGGCGGGACGUUGAGGAGACCGUUCUCACGCCGUUCUGCGCAGCGUCUGCGCACAGCAGGUCUGCACUCCUCAAAGACAUCAACAAAAACAGUGAAGACGGCACAGAAAAGGAGACGACAGAGGAGGAGGAGGAAGAGGCCGUGUCUGCAUUUCUGGAGGUGGUGCGGGUGCGCUAUGCGGUGGAACUGGCCGCGCAGGUGGUCGCCGCCCGACAAGCCGUCGAUCUUCUCCUUGACAGCGAGGACAGCGUGGUCUUCGAUGGGGCGCGGCUGCUGACGCUCUCCCUCCACACAAUGGAGCGAGCAGGGAAGGCGGAGCAGAGCGAUGCAAUGACGCACGAGCGAGCGACAACGUCGUCGCCUUCCUCCUCGGUGCUUCCCUGCACGGUGCUGACGGUGCCGGGCUUGGAGGAGGUUUUUUAUGUCGUGGCUUACUGCACGGGUGCGGCGAUGCUGCGCGAAGCAGCGGCGGCCACGGCAGGCACGUAUCUCGAACCUGGAGGGCAGCCAUUUGUGAUCGACGUAGACGCGCAAGAGGAGACGGCUGGCGGGGACUGGGCAGAUGCACCUCGUGCGAUGGAUUUCGCAAACGAGGAGGACACCGCCGCGCAGCAUCAGGCGUCGCUGCAGGCGUGGGCUGCCGGCUUCGAGCAGCGCUUUCUCGCCCCCCUUUCCAGCUUCUCUGCGUUCACCGGUGACGGCGCGGUAGGCGCCUCGCACUCCCUCUCGCAUCUCUUUCGGCUGUGGUUGUACCUGUGGAAAUAUGUCCUCUCCGUGCCUCUUCCAAGCACCGCGGAAGGACACGGCUGCGCUCCGCAGGCGAGCCAAGCACAUGCGACGCAUCGCCCACCACACGGCGGUACACCGGCGCAGUUGUUGGUGGCACCCCGCACGGCGCGCCGCUGGAUCGAGAAGGUGACCAUCGCCUCUCGCCUGCGCGGGUGUGCGGAGGCUAGUGUGAUCGGCGCGACGGUGAUGCCGGAGUCACCGCAGUGGUGCCUGCCGUCGUUCUGGACCCCGUCGGAGGCAGAGCGGGUGGUGCAACGCACGACGGCGCAGGCGCGGCAGGCGCUGUUGCGUGCGGCCGGCAUGGACACAUCUGCAUGA